AUGCUACCCAUCACCUAUCUCGCUGUCUUCACCGGCAUCUUGCUCCCAGCUGCCCGAGCCGACGAAGUUCCCACCCUCCAGAAUAUCGGUGACAAAACCGACACUGGAAUUACUGUACUUGGCUUCCGCAUCAAUCUCGCCGCCGUUGGAGGAUCAUGUCCUUCCGGAUACGUGUCAUGCGGUUCUGACUGUAUGCCAACCGGCAGUGUAUGCUGCACUUCCGGCGGCGGCUACUGCGAAAGCACGGAUGUCUGCGUCACAGGAGGUUGCUGUCCACGUGGAAAGACUUGCUCGUCCAAUCCAGUGGGAUGCAGAGACACUCAAGAAAGUUGCGGCUCCAAGUGUAUGCCCAUUGGCAAGGUGUGCUGCCCAAACGAAAAGUAUUGCGAUACCGGCUACUCUUGUGGUGCGAACGGAUGUAUCAGAGGAGGCCCUGGUAGCACUAGAACCAAUACUCCUACUGGAGGUAACAGUGCUACUUUGGGUAACAGUGCUACUGGAGGAGGUAGUGCUGCUGGAAGUAACACUCCUACUAGAACUGGCAGUGCUGCUGGUGGUAGCAGUACCGCUGGUGGACAGUGCAGUGCGGGAAAGACGGUCUGCGGUAUCGGGUGCAUGCCUGUCGGCGCCAACUGCUGCACCACCCAAGGCGACUACUGCGACAUUGGGAAGAGAUGCCAUGUGGACGGAUGCUGCCCCGACGGCAAGGUGUGCUGCCCCACCGGCGGGUACUGCGAUCCCGGGGAGACGUGCGGCAACGACGACAAGUGUUACAGGAGCACCAGCACGAGACCAACGGCUAGUGCCAGUCAAACUGCGGCGACAAAUACGAGGGCAGAUGACCCCGAGCCUACUACGGACUCUAAUCUCGCCGCUACGACAAGGGUACAAACGACGUCGACGAUAAGUUCGCAAGGAGGCGCUGCUGCAGUUGGCGUGUUGGGCAGACCGCCAAAGUUUAUCGGCGAGAUUACCGCAGUCAUAUGGAGUGUCGUCAUGAUGUUCGUGUAG